AUGGACGUUAAUAUGAACUCUGGGGACAUUAAAUGGUUCAUUAAUGGAGUUUUAAAUGUCACAGUUAAUUGUUUGGAUCGACAUGCCAGAGAUAAUCCGGACAGGGUUGCUGUACUUUGGGAAAAAGAUGAACCAAAACAACACGAACCUGUCACUUACAAACAAUUGCUGGACAUGACGUGCCAGGUUGCUAAUGUUUUAAAGUCCCAGGGUAUCAGGAAAGGUGAUCGUGUGGUCCUAUACCUCCCAAUGAUUCCGUUAGCUGUCGCUAUCAUAUUAGCCUGUGCUAGGAUAGGAGCUAUUCACAGUAUUGUUUUUGCUGGUUUUAGUGCUGAGGCUUUAAGUAGUCGGAUUAACGAUGCAACAGCGGAGACAGUGAUAACAGCUGAUGAAGGAGUAAGAGGAGGUAAGACCAUACCACUCAAAGAGACAGUGGAUACUGCCCUGAAGGAGAGUCCUUGUGUGAAGAGGGUACUAGUGGCCACUCGUACUGGAGCAGCUGUGCCAAUGGCAGCUG